GCAAUACAGGAAUACCUUGCAAAAUUCAAUAUUUGUCUAGAAAUUUCUGUACCUGUAUGACGGGCGUUAUUCUUCCACUACAUUAACUGUAACCGAUAUAUACUCCUUUUUAUCCUUCUAAUGGCUGCUUGUGCAACAUAAAUUUCGAAGAGAAAAUGAAAAUUUGGACAUCGGAGCAUACUUUCCAGCACCCUUGGGAGACUGUAACUCAAGCAGCUUGGCGGAAAUAUCCAAAUCCAAUGAAUCCUGCAGUUGAAGCAAUCGACAUCGUCGAUAGAAAAAUUUGCAAUGGAGUACUCAAAACUCAUCGUCUCAUCAGCUCCAAGUGGGGACUACCAUCCUGGGCCUCCAAACUUCUAGGAUCAGACAAAACAUGUUACGCCAGUGAACACUCUGAAGUCAACCCUAAAGAUAAAGUUAUGACAUUACAGACUCGAAAUCUUACAUUUUGUAACGAGGUGUCUGUGGUAGAAAAGCUUACAUAUAGUCCUCAUCCAUCGAAACAGGACUGUACUCUUUUAAAGCAAGAAGCAGUAGUUACAAUAAAAAAUGUGCCUUUAAGCAGUUAUAUAGAAGAUUAUUUAGCCCGCACAAUAUCUUCAAAUGCCGCUAAAGGUCGUCAGGCUAUGGAAUGGGUUAUUGGAAAAAUUAAUGAUGAAGUUCAAGAAUUUACUCAUAAAACUGUAAAAGGCAUGGAUGAAUUAACUGUGACAGCUAAAAAAAGUAUUUCUGUGAUGGAGGAUUUCACAUCCUCUGCAAAGAAAGGAAUGAAUGACUUAAACCAUUUUGCUGAAGGCACACUCCACUUUGAAAAAUGAUUAUUGUGUUCUCUAGGUAAUUAAUUAAAUAGACUUCAAAAUAAAUGAUUCAAAUUUAGAUUUAUUGCUUUCUGUGAAACCUGUUAGGCAACAAAUUUAUUUGCAUACCUUAUUUUUAUUACUAAAACUGAUAAGAAAUUCAGUCUGAGUACCUAUAAUUGGUUAGAGUUUAAAAUUCAUAAUCUCGGUGUGCUUUUGUAAAAAAUAUUUGCUCAAGCAUUUUUAUUCUGUAAAUAUUAUGUCUUUCAUACUAAAUCACAUGACAUUUUUAUAAGUGUAUUUAUUUCAGGAUAAUGUUCAAAUUUUUCAGAUAGUAUAAAAAUAUUUGCUUUCAAUUUAAGGGUAAUUAAUAGCUAUUUCAGUAAUUUUAUAUGCAUUUGUAAAAAACAAUUUACAGUUGUAGCAUUUUUAAAAAUAGCAUGAUGUAUUUUAAAAACAUUUGUAAUCUAGUGUAAUCACACUUAUAAAAGUAACAUUAUAUUCCCAUGUAAGGUAUUUGUAACAAAAUUUGAUAAGUUUGUUUUUAAGGUACAAUAACAUGCCAAACAACUAUUAACUUAGAAGGUAAACAACAAAAAUCAGCGUUAUAUUUUCAAAUUUUGGCUGUGAAAAUUUGAAAAUGUUGAUUUUUGUUGUUUCACUUUUAAAUUAAUGUUUGGUUUUGUUAAGCUCUCCAAACCUAAGUGAUAGUUCUGAUUUUUUAAUUUAAGAAGUAGAAUAGCAUAUCUAAGAUUAAGUUGUUGAAAAAAAGUUCAUCUAGAAUAACUACUGAUUGUGUUUUAAUGUAUUUAAAAAACUUUUAGCUGGUGCUUAUGUCGUAAUUAAGCCUUAUUUUGAAUGAGCUUAACUAAAAGAGCAUUGAGUGAUGUUUCAGUGCAAUUAAUGCCAGUUUUACUUAAUGUGUAGUUAUAUAUAUAUGAGUAAUUCAAUUAUUAAUUUUGUUUGUAUGUUAGAUUUAAAAUGCAGCAUGUAAGAAUUGAAGAAAGUGAAAUUGUUUUCUCUUCUAAACUGAUAAUUAAAAAUACUACAUGUUUUAAGUUUCUGCUAUUAAGAUUAUUAUUAGCAUAAAAGCUGAUAUAAAUAUAUUUUUUUAAAUGUUAGCUGUUGUACAUUUAUUUAAAUCAAAACAUGAUAUUCAUUUAGAAAAUAAAAUAGAUGUUUAGUUAUGUAAAUGUAUUUAAAAAGUAGGAACGCACUCUUAAAAUGAAUGAUUUUAUUCCAUUACUCAGUAAUAUUUGAAAGCAAUAAUUCUUUAUUUUUGUUCUGUAUGUAAUAUAUUGAAUUUAAAGUGCUCUCCGUUGUAAAAACAUGUGUAUGUAUGUGGACAAGAAAAUAAAUACGGAUAGUUUAUUAA